GGGCAGAAGACACCAUUUCCCACGCAUUACCUUUGCGCUCCAAGGGAUACGGGCACCCUCCGCCCUAUGCCCCGUCCGCCAAGCCGUACGGACCGUACACACCGACCCCUUACUCGCCCAACUCCGGUCCAAGGUAUCAUGUACCACAUCGACCCAAAAAAUACCAUCCAUUACCUAAUGGCUACCACCCAUCGCCCAAACCAAAUUAUCAUGGACCCAAACCCACUUAUCACUCAACACCUAAACCCGUGUACCACUCCACACCCAAGCCCGUUCUUCAUUCAACCCCCACACCCACAUACCAUCCCACACCGACUCCCGUGUAUCACUCAAAACCGACGCCGAUCUACCAUUCAACCCCCAAACCCGUGUACACGCCCACCCCUGUGUACCAUCCUAAGCCUAAGUACCAGCCAAAGAAGCCCGUGUACCAUGAACACAUUGAGCCGUCGCCAAAACCAUACAUCCCCGUCAAACCUGUGCACAUUUCACAUGAAGAGGACGAGUAUAACGAGAUCCCCCAUAAUUACGCUUUCGGUUAUGCCGUGAAAGACGGAUAUUCCGGUGACGAUUUCUCUCACUCUGAAACGCGAGAUGGUCACAAGACAGAAGGAGAGUACCGGGUAGCACUUCCAGAUGGCAGAACACAAAUUGUGUCAUAUUACGCGGAUGAGAAUGGAUAUCAUGCCGAUGUUAAGUAUGAGGGAGAGGCGAUUCCUCAUCCAGAGGGUCCCCAACACUCAGAACCUUACGUAGCUCCUAAAGCUCACCACGAACCUACCCCAGCAACUUAUGUAUCUCGACCCACAACAACGUACUCACCGUCUCCCUAUCAUCCUACUCCCUCACCUACUUACGCCCCUUCGCCCUUGCCGUACAAGGUACCAGUCACACCAAUCUACCCGAGUCCAACGCCUUACAAACCUCGUCAUCCCACCCCCAUAUAUAAAGAGCCGCCUGCGGUUUAUAAACCCAAACCCGACCCAUAUCACGCCAGAUCGGGAUUGGCUAGUUUGAGAGGCUUGUAGCUUCCACAAUUAUUGUGACCGUGUACAGGUGCAUGCGCAUGAGUUUUUGUAAACUUGUUACUUCGUUGUUGAGCAUUCUGAAUGCCAUUUCAUGUGGUAAGGAACACAUCUAUUUCCGCUUCCAAUCGCCACAUUCAGGUCACGUUUUCACAACUAUUUCAAUAAACGUCUUCCCUAAUACGAAUUUUCAGAA